CCCUCCACCCAGUCCCUCCCCCUGACUUCUCACGAAUUCCCAGGUGAGCCAUACUGGGGUGUGGCUUACAAAAACAAAUCUUCUUCCCAUGUCGGCAGAAAGGACGGCUUAACUCUGUCAGAGAACACUUGCUUUUGGAUUUUCUUCUUAAAAACGUCUUGAACUUGGAGCCAUGGGGGCAAUGCAGUGCAUCAAACACUUGGUGUUUGUGUUCAAUUUUCUCUUCUGGCUGGCAGGUACUGGAGUGCUGGCCGUGGGCCUUUGGCUGCGUUUUGACUCCCGGACAGCAGGGCUGUUUGAAGGAGAGGACUCGCCUACGGUAUUCUUCACUGGUGUGUACAUCCUGAUUGCGGCGGGGGCUCUGAUGAUGAUCGUGGGCUUCCUCGGAUGCUGCGGAGCCAUUAAAGAGUCGCCGUGCAUGUUGGGAUUGUUCUUCCUCUUCCUGCUCCUCAUCUUCGCUGUAGAAGUGGCUGCUGGGAUCUGGGGUCUCUCCAACAAGGACAAGGUGGUGGAAGACAUUACAGAGUUCUAUAAGCAGACCUACAAUAACUACAAAGACACCAGACAGGAAGCACUGAAGGAGACCCUGCGUCUCAUUCACUUUGGACUGGACUGCUGCGGCCCCACAGGGAUAGUGAUUGAUGCUGCCAAAGAUAUCUGCCCCAAGAAGGAGGGACUGGAGGUCCUCAUCACCACGAGCUGUCCGACUGCCAUCGACGAAAUGUUCAACAACAAACUGCACAUCAUCGGCGGGGUCGGCAUCGGUAUCGGUGUCAUCAUGAUCUUUGGGAUGAUCUUCAGUAUGAUGCUCUGCUGUGCCAUCAAGAGGUCCAGGGACUUUGUCUGAACCACAAAAACACACAAAACCCCUCCAUCUUUAACUUACGUGUCCUCACUUUCACCACCUCUGCUUUACAGUUAAUAUCAGUUUAAUAAUCACAAGUCAUCCAGUAGUUUGGAUCCAUUGAGUGUGGCCACGUCGGCCUGUGAGAGUAUGGAACCUGUGCAAUGACCCUUGUUCAUUUUUGGCUCUGGUUUUUUUUUUUUUUAAGUCUGAUACCGAUUUAAUAAUGAAUUCACAUCCUACUUUUCAUCACAUUACAACACAGAACAAGUUGAGCAUCUGCAGGAAAAAGAGACAUUUAUGACUCUGCUGCCCUCUGGAGGACCAUGAAGAGCAACUCUUAUUAACUCAGUUUUUCCUUUCGUCAGCUCUUUACUGUUGGAUAAUAUUGACUUCAGUUUAUGUAAAUUGUGUUAAGUUUGCCUGUGCUGAGUUGUAAUCUAACAGGCUUUUUGCAGCUAACUGAAUUUUACUGUGUGACUCAUUUUUUUUAAUUUCAGUUACACGUUAGAUGCUUUUGAUUUUUAUAAAAGCAGAACUGUGGAGUUUUAUGCAAAUAUUUUGAUGAAUGCAGUUGAAAUAACUUUAAAAUGCCAAAUAAAUGAACUAAUAAAACACUGGUCAUCAAACA